AUAUCUUCCGCGGUGCCGUCAGAAUGAGAACUACGAUGUAACACGUAUUCACCGGUGAAGUCAUCAGCGAAUCAACGGAUCAACGGAUCAACGGAUCGUCGCUAUGAAACUCCUUACGUUCGCAAACAGCUGACAUUUUUAACUGACAAGAAAUAACGGAUUUACGAGUUGGAGCCGAGAUGGAAGAUUUAUUUCUGGAUGUGGCACAACCUCGCAGUCACGGGUGUAAGUUCACCUGGGUCUCCAUGUCACAGCUACAACGGUCGACCGAUGAGAUGUUUCCCGCAUGAACAGUAUUUAAUGUACCCGCAUAUGAAAGGAGAAAGAGCCUACAGGUUUACAAGCACGAUUGCGUCGACGUCUGCAAUGACAAUGGACAUAAUUCCCGCUGCACGUCGAGUAGUCCUUGCUUGGUCUCACGAUCGUGCGUGGAAUGAUUUAACUCACACGUGAUUACGGAUGCGAAACAUCGCAGACUUGGCCAACACCUUUCAUAGGGAACAUCUUGGAAACAAUAAGUCGAGAGCUUCGCAGAUGUUACUUGAGGAAUGUGACCGUGGGUACCGAAAGUAAUACCGAUUCUCAAAAUGCUUCCAUCUGAUUGCGUUUUGGACAUAUCCAACGUGUUUCACUCCACCUCGGUAGUGAUCGAAGGAACCUGUCUCAAUAAAUCCGAACCUACCGCAGUGCUUAGAGAUGUAUCAGCUCGCGUCCACGGCGGGGAAGUCCUGGCUAUUCUAGGAUCAAAGGGUUCCGGCAAACGAGCGCUUCUCGAUGUUAUCGCUGGAAGAACGGAGGGCGAGACGAGGGGACGAGUUACCCUGAACGGCAACUUGCUGACUCCGGAGUUGUUUCGGCGUCAUGGCGGUUACGUGGCUCACAGGUGUCACCUGCUGCCGAGUUUGACGGUUCGCCAGACCCUGAUGUAUGCCACGUGGCUCGCCAAUCUAAACAAUCGCGAGGCCCGAGUGCGACAGACUCUCGCCGACUUGGCGCUCUCGCAGGUCGCCAACCGGUCGGUGAACGAUCUCACCAGGCCGGAAUAUCGGCGACUGAUGCUGGGAGUGCAACUUGCCAAAGAUCCGACUCUGUUGUUGUUGGACGAGCCAACCUGGGACACCGAUCCUCUCAACACAUAUCUCAUCGUCUCGAUGCUGUGGUCUUAUGCCACUAGACGCGGCUCCAUUGUCGUCCUCACUAUGGAAACACCUAGGUCUGACGUGCUACCAUUUGUUAGUCGCGUAACAUUACUGUGCCUGGGUGCGGUGGUUUAUUCUGGACCCACCAGGAGUAUGUUAGAUUAUUUUACCUACAUUGGCUUCCCAUGUCCGGAACUGGAAAAUCCGUUGAUGUAUUACCUAUGCUUGUCGACUGUCGAUCGUCGCUCCAGAGAUCGUUUUCUGGAGUCUAAUCAGCAGAUAUCGGUCUUGGUCGAGAAAUUCAAAGUGGAUGGAGUGCUUUACAUGAAAGAAGGACCGCAAGUGCCUCACAAUAUGAAAGAUACGACUCUUGGUAUUAUGCAUAAGGGCUUAGGACGUGGAAUCAAACCCGGAUGCUUUUCGACUCUUUUGGCGCUAUAUUUACGAAGUAUGGCGGCUACAUUCUCGUUCAAUAAGAUCGGCCUGGGACACUUUGCUGCUCGUCUGCUGUUACUGCCAUUCGUCGUUGCUCUAAUGAGUAUACUAUAUUCACAUUCAAGUCCCGUACAAUCAAGAAUUUUCUUGCAAACCGGCGGCUUGAUCUUCAACGUCUUGACGUUAUUUUACGUAGCCGGAAUAGUCGCGACAUCCCUUUUGUUUCCAGGUUUUCGCGCAAGGUAUUACCAAGAGAAACGAGAGGGUCUCUACGGCGGCGCGAUGUUCUUGACCGCAUACACCAUGCUGAGUCUUCCAUUGAGUUUCAUAUCGACGCUGAUAACGAUCGGGAUUUUGAUUCCCAUUUUGGAACUGGACCUCACCUCGUGGGCGUACGCUUCCGGCAUUCUAUGGUCCAGUUACGUGGCAGCCGAGCAAGUAACGGUAGCUGUACUGAUGGUGAUCGGUAGACCCAUAACCGGUGCCAUUACAGUAUUAUACAUGACCCUGUUAUCUUUGAUAAUUGCGUCAGGUGCGAUUCGUAGCUUGAAGAACUUGCCCUAUUGGUUGGCGAUGGUGACGACCGCAUUACCAACGAGAUAUGCAUCUCUUGCGUUGAACCAGUUGGUGAUCGAUACUCCCAUUCUAUCUAAUUUACCCUACAACGAGAGUUUCACCUGUCCGGGUGUACCUGAGCUUUGCAGGUACCCUGAUGGCAAAACUUAUCUGAUAGAACGUUUCACUAAAGAAGGCGAAAAUAUCUCCGAGGUGUUAAAUGUAGAUCUGAAUCUGCUGAUCUCCUUAGCGUUUGCCGUCGGACUUAUUAUAUUGAAUAGCGUUUUGUAUCUGUUGCCACUACCUGCCAGAGUGAAGGCGAAAUUCAGAGAAUGAUGGAUUGUUGAACGUUUCCUGAAUAGUUGCGACUAUGUUGGAAUCGUGACGUCAUAGGCGAGAAAUACACGUUAAUUUAUGCUGUAUGUUAUUUGUAAAUAAAGACAAUUUAACCAAAUCUAAA